AUGGAGGGAGUCUCGAUAAUCAAGGAGCACCAAAAGUCCAUCAUCGACAUCAUUCGUAAUACCACCCGAGGAGAUUGGAAGGUUUUGGUGCUCGAUGAGACGACACAGGCGAUUCUCGACACCACCGUCAACGAAGAUGACAUUCUCAACCAUAAUAUCGCGAACAUCGAGAGGAUCGAGGAGCGCCGGGAGCCCAAUCCAACCAUGGACGCAAUUUACGUGAUAUCGCCUACACCAUUUGCCGUCGAUUGCCUCAUGGCCGAUUUCGAACGCCGCCGCUACCGAAGUGCUUUUUUGAUAUGGACCGGGGUUCUGCCCGAUGCCCUAGCACGGCGUGUUGAUGCUGCCCGGAGGCAAAUAGCAGCUCCCCCUCAAAACCUCUUCGUCGACUUCUACCCCCGAGAAUCACACUUGGUUACCUUCCAAGACCCGUCCAGCUUUCAAGUGCUAUAUAAUCCCAGUUGCAAUGAUCUAGUAGCACGGCACUUGACGACGUUGGCGCAAAAGAUAGCUUCUGUCUGCCACACGCUUGGAGAAGCACCGAGGAUACGCUACUAUGCGCCGCAGACCGCGACCCAUGAAGCUGGAGUUCUUUCCUUUCACCUGGCUCGCUUCCUCCAAAACGAGAUCGAGCGGCUACAAAAAGUGGACCAGAACUUUCCGCCACAAACUACCCGGCCUCAGUCAGUGUUGCUAAUCACGGACCGGUCUAUGGAUCUGAUGGCGCCGUUACUUCACGAGUUCUCCUACCAAUCAUUCAUCCACGAUGUACUACCGCUCAGGGAGCAACCAAACGGAACAGUUACCUAUCAUAUGGUGAUCAACGAAGGGUUACCCCAGGCCGAAGAGAAGGAUGUGGAGAUAACCGAGAAAGACAAGUUAUGGGUGGACAACAGGCACAAGCACAUGGCGGAUACAAUCGCGAAGCUGAUGGGAGACUUCAAGAGUUUCAUCGAGAAAAACCCCAACUUCGCCGGAAAGAACGAAAACGAGACCAGCCUCAACGACAUUCGAGAUAUGUUGGCCGGCCUCCCUCAGUUCCAAGAGAUGAAGCAAGCCUAUAGUCUACAUCUUACCAUGGCGCAAGAAGCCAUGAACAUCUUCCAAAAGUUCAAGCUCUCCGAGGUGGCCUCAGUGGAACAAACCCUCGCCACCGGCCUCGACGAAGACCUCAAGAAGCCCAAAAAUAUCCUCGACCAAGUUGUUCGUCUGCUAGACGACCAAGACGUUGCCCCCACCGACCGUCUCCGGCUCGUGGCGCUGUACGCCCUCUACCGCGACGGGAUGAUCGACCAGGAUCUUCUUCGGUUGUUAUGGCAUGCAUCGUUGCAACGAUCUAGAGAAAGUACCGACAAGGCAGCGAUAGAAAACCUCGAAUUACUCGGUGCUCGCCCCCUGAAAGCUCAACUCAAAGAGGUCCCCCCACGUCAACCCAACACCCCUCUCUUCCCCCCUAAUACGAAAACCGCUGUCCAGAGCGAGGAAUAUGCCCUCUCGAGAUUCGAACCAGCGGUUAAACACAUGCUUGAAGACCUCUGCUCUGGAACCUUGGAUCAGACUUCCUUCCCUUAUGUCAUCCCACCCCAAGCAGGCGGACAGGCGGAUGACGCGUUUCAAACCCAGGGCUCCCUCCGCUCUGCCGCUCCGAGGUGGGCUUCUGCCAACCGCCGCCAAGUUGAAAACCGACAGCGCAUCAUUGUUUUUGUCGCGGGUGGAGCGACGUAUUCCGAAGCUAGAGCCUGCUAUGAAGUAUCCGAAAAACACAAUCGAGAUGUUUACUUGGUUACGUCGCACAUGCAGACGCCGAAUAAAUUCGUCGAAGAUUUGCGGCAUCUGAAGUCGGAUAGGAGGAGGUUGAAGCUGCCGAUGGAUGAGCCCCCCAAGAAGGCGCCCGCGCAUCUGUUUGAACGGCCGGCGCCGCCACCGCAGCAGCAGGUGAGGCCGCCGCAACCCGGGGGUGGGGCGCCAGGGAUGGGAAUGGGGGGGCAGAUGCCCCCUGGGGGUCCUAGGCCGCCAACGAAGGCGUUGGGGCAGAUGACGUUGAGUAGUGGCCCAGGGGGGCCGUCGGGGGGAGGUGGGGGCCAUGAGAGGACGAGUAGUACUGCUACAGGGGCUUCGGUGGGAAUGGGGGAGGAUAAGGAGAAGAAGAAGAAGAAGAGGAAUAUUUUUGGGAUUAAGAAGGAUAAAUAG